UCUGUCAGUUUUCAACUUUAACAGUGAAAAAAACUAUCUUUUUUCUCUUCGCAGUAUGUCGAACAGUAGUGAUAAAUCAAGGUGGACCCGUAGAAGGCUAAGGAAUGCGGCUUUUGCUGCAGGUCGCCUGCCCCGUGAUGACAGCGACGCUUCUUCAACUUCGUCGACUGAAGAUGUGGAAAGUGCCGCAAAGCGCCAUCAAGGUGAUAUAUCUGACCAAGAAGAGCAUGAAGCGGAGAGUGAAGAUGAAGGCACAGAAUCUAGCAGCAAUGAGGAAGGAAACGACGACGAGGAUGAUGACGAGGAGGAAGAGCAGGAAGGCGAGCAAGAAAGUGAAAUUGAGCAGGACGGGGUGGAUGAGGAACAUCAUGACAGAGAAGAGCCUAUUGUGGCACAAGCAGAGCCUGCAGAUAACGGUCUAGAUGUUGCUCAAGAUGCUGUGCCGCCAGGUUUAAACCUUGAGGACCUUCUGGAACGCAACAGCAAUGAUAGUGGUGACUCGAGCAGCUCUAGUGAAGAGGAAAGUGAUCAAGAGAGUGAUAUAAGUGAGAGUGAUGACAGUGAAAGUGAUGACAAUAAUGAAAGUGAUGACAAUGAUAGUGAUGAUGGAAAUGAAAAUGAUGAGCAAAAUGAGGAUGGCCACCGAGUGGAUGGGGAUGUUCCUUUAUAUGAGAAUGCUCGUAUAUCUAAAAUGGAAUCCAUAAUGUUGAUUCUUACCUUAGCCAUGUCCUUUACAUUAAGUGGUGAAUGUUUGGUGCGAAUUAUGGAGAUUAUUGAGUUACAUUGUCCGCCUGUUAAUCAUUGUGUGAAAUCUUUGUUUAAGUUCAAAAAAAUCUUUGCUGACAUUGGAAGAAAAAUUCUAAUACUGCACUAUUUCUGUGAGAGAUGUUAUAAAAGUCUUCGGGGGAAAGAUGGUGUCUGCAAUCAAUGUCGGGAUGAGACCAUAAUCUCCUUUUUUAUAGAAAUUCCUUUCAUACAGCAAUUGCAAAAGCUUUUCAUGAGGACUGGGUUUGUAGAACGUCUCAUGUAUAGAUUUCAGAGACGGAAGCAGCAUCACAAUAAUGUAGAAGACAUAUAUGAUGGGCGUCUUUAUCAGGAAUUUGUAGAUAAUGGUUUGAACGAAGCAGAUGUCAAGUUGUCAUUUAUGUGGUACACAGAUGGUGUUAGUAUAUUUAAGUCAUCAAAAUACUCAGUUUGGCCUGUAUUUUUUGUGAUCAAUGAACUUAGCUAUAAAGACAGAACUAACAAGGAAAAUAUUAUUCUUGCUGCUUUAUGGUUUGGUAAGUCAAAACCAAAACCUAAUUUAUUUCUACAACCAUUUCAACAUAUUUUUCAAACUUUUCGUACAGUAGGAUAUCAAUUUCAAAUUGCACAGGGUCCAGCUAUCAAUGUGAAAGGUCUGUUGCUGUGUGGUACAUGUGACCUUCAAGCAAAGGGUCUGUGCUUACGUAUGAAGUUAGCAAACGGGUAUUACGGCUGCUCAAAGUGUUAUUCUUGUGGAGAAAGGGCCAGGGCAGGAAAGACUACUGUUCAUGUUCACAGAUACAUUAGAAAAGAAAAUAUGCAGCUUCGAAACAACAAUGAUGUACCUGCACUUGCUGAACAAAAGGAAAUGGGUUACAAAGGGCUGUCUGUAUUGUUCCUUCUGAUGCCCUCAAUGAUAAGAGGUGUGGCAAUUGAUGUAAUGCACAUGGUUUUUUUGGGUCUUAGCAAACUACAGACCAAAUUGUUCUUUGAUCCCCACUUUUCAGGUGAACCAUAUUCUUGUGUUCAAAUGAUUGAUGUUGUUAACAAUAGACUUCGUAGCAUUAAGCCCCCAAGUUAUGUACAACGUUUUACUCGGACACUUUCUGACCUUAAAUUGUGGAAAGCACUUGAGUACAAGCUUUGGUUUUUCUAUUACUCUUUGAUUGUGCUGGAAGGUAGGAAAAUGUUUAUCUUGAACAUCAUUUAAAAUUGGUUUCUGCAAUAGCCCUCCUUUCAACA